CCCUACCAAUACGUGCAUCUUGAACAGCUGCCGGUCCGCCUGGUAGGUCGCGUACUUGCGGGGUUUGACAGACAGACGACAGCUACUUAACCUCCCUUCGCCCUGUCUACUCUUUUGGGUCCUUUCAUCUUAUCCUUCCUUUCGAAUCAACAUGGCGGACAAAGAUGUGGAGAAAGAGUCAUACGCACCUUCGGGCUUGCCGCAGUACAGCGUGGGAACGAGUGAGCCCUUGACUGGCUCGAAAUGGACGCGCUUCAGGGACAGCUUUAAGCGGAACCCAAACGCCAGGAUGGUGACGGAAGCUGUCGAUUCGGAGGGAAAGCCUCUUCCGGAUCAGCCGCCCGCUGAACCAGCACUGAGCAUGAAUUUGAAAAACCGCCAUCUUCAAAUGAUUGCUAUUGGAGGUUCAAUUGGUACCGGUCUUUUCGUCGGUUCUGGCGCCGCUCUCCAAGCUGGUGGGCCUGCUUCGCUUGUACUAGCGUAUGGAUUGAUCGGAAUCAUGCUGUACUGCACGGUGCAUGCUCUUGGUGAGCUAGCUGUAGCAUAUCCGGUCGCUGGAUCAUUCGCCGUAUACGCUUCCCGAUUCCUGGAUCCUGCCUGGGGCUUCGCUAUGGCCUGGAACUACGCACUUUCGUGGCUCGUUACACUUCCCCUGGAGAUCGUCGCCGCAUCGAUAACGUUAUCCUAUUGGCAAGGCGCUCGUGAUGUCAACCCUGCCGCCUGGGUAACCAUUUUCCUGUUCGUAAUCAUAUCUAUCAACCUGUUCGGUGUCAGAGGUUAUGGAGAAGCGGAGUUCAUCUUCUCUAUUAUCAAAAUCGUUGCUGUUAUCGGCUUUGUCAUUUUGGGAAUCAUUAUUGACUGCGGAGGCGUACCUGGGCAGCCUUACAUGGGCGCAAAGUUUUGGUAUAACCCUGGAGCUUUCCAUAAUGGCUUCAAGGGUCUCUGUUCGGUCUUUGUUACUGCUGCCUUCUCAUUUGCAGGCACUGAGCUAGUUGGAUUGUGUGCUGCCGAAACGGAGAAUCCGAGGAAAACGCUUCCUACCGCCGUCAAGCAAGUCUUCUGGCGUAUUACACUGUUCUAUCUGGUUUCCUUAACAAUCGUGGGCUGUCUGGUUCCUUAUACCGACCCAGGCCUCAUUGGUUCAUCCUCCAGCGACGCCAACGCUUCGCCUUUCGUUAUCGCAGUCAAGAACGCCGGCAUAAGUGCGGUCCCAUCAAUCAUGAAUGUCGUUAUUCUUAUCGCCGUAUUGAGUGUUGGAAACUCCUCUAUCUAUGGUUCUUCGCGUACUCUCGCCGCGCUGGCCGACCGUGGACAAGCCCCAAGGAUUUUAGGCUACAUCGACCGCUCCGGCAGACCCCUUGUAGCUAUUCUCUUCUCGUCCGCCUUCGGUUUUAUUGCUUACAUUGUUGCCGCCGGCGAUGAUACUCGCUCAAAAGCAUUUACAUGGAUGCUCGCCAUCUCCGGCCUCGCAGCUAUCUUCAACUGGGCCUCCAUCUGUCUCUGCCACAUCCGCUUCCGAAAGGCAUGGAAACUGCAAGGCCAUACGCUUGACGAAUUAGCUUUUAAAUCACAAGCUACCGUCUGGGGGUCCUGGGUCGGCUUCAUCUUCAACAUUCUCAUCCUCAUCGCGCAGUUCUGGACUGGCUUUGCACCAGUGGGCUAUGCAGAUAUGACCGCCGGUGAGCGCGUCCAAACCUUCUUCGAGGCUUACCUAGCGUUUCCGAUUGUCGUACUCUGUUACGUUGUCUUUAAGAUUUGGUACAAGACGAAGUUCAAGCGGGCCCAUGAAAUUGAUGUUUCUAGUGGAAGGAGGGAAAUGAAUCUCGCAGCGAUUCUCGCAGAGGAGCGAGCUGAGCAAGCUCAGUGGCCGCGGUGGAAGAAGGCGUAUAAGAUAUUCUGUUAGUGUGGAGAUCCGCCGCGAGCGGACCUCAGAGAGAGUAAAAAGCUUGGAGGGUGGGU